AUGGUUGACGUGGAGGGCAGCAGCGGGGGAACUGCUUCGAAUCUGCCCACUGGCGUCAUAGAAGGAACUUCCACCGCCGUUCCAAUAGGGCAACCGGCGACUCCACUUGUUUUGUCCCCAUCUUUUGCUGCUGAUUUGCCUGUCUUGGGUGAUGACUUGGGUGAUGGGCGUAGCUUCGGCCAGCUUGCAGCUGCGAUGGGAUCUAAACCUGUAGUGGAUGGUGCACCCGCAUUCAUGGAGGUAAGAGAGAGAGAUCCGUUUGCGGAGGCUAUAGGUGAUGAUGGGUCAGAUUCGGAGCCACCAAUUAUUGGUGACAAGAGCGACGGCGAAGAGGACACCGCAGUUGCCGUGGGAGCUCAAACCCAUGGUAGCAGUGGUACGCAGCAGUACCCUCGACACUUUACCACAUUGGACCUUGAAGCAAUGAACCCAGCCGCAAACUUAGAUCAGCAUCACCCGGUGAUUCACGGAGACAGGCCUAGCGUGAUUGGCACGGACGAGUUUGAGGUCGGGAAACGGUUUGAAACAAAAGAGGAAGCUGUACUGACAAUCAAGAGUUAUAAUAUUCGGCGGGGUGUAGAGUAUAAAGUGUUUGAGUCCGACCAGUUGAAGUAUCAUGGGAAGUGUGUCCAGUUCGGGAAUGGUUGUAAUUGGCUGAUCCGUGUCACUAUGCGACAGAGGAAAGGCUACUGGGAAGUUAGAAAGUAUAAUGGACGACACACGUGUCUAGCAAUGGAGAUAUCAAUGGAUCACAGGCAGCUCGAUUACCAUGUCAUAUGUGCCUCGAUUUUAUCGUUGGUGAUGGCUGAUGCAUCAGUGUCGGUUAAGGUGUUACAGAAUGCGGUGUGUUCGAAGUUUGGGUUCAAGCCCAGCUACAAGAAGGUUUGGAUGGGCAAGCAGAAGGCAAUUGCACAGAUAUAUAGAGAUUGGGAGGAGUCUUACAACCACAUACCACGGUGGAUCAUCGGGGUUCAGUUGUAUAUGCCGGGUACUAUUGCGCUUCUGCAUACUUCGCCAGUGAGGAUAGGUAAUACCGUGGAUGCGUCAACGGUUUUCUUUCAUCGACUAUUUUGGACGUUUCCUCCAUGCAUUGAGGCAUUUAAGUAUUGUAAGUCACUUAUAUCCAUUGAUGGGACCCAUUUGUAUGGGAAGUAUGGCGGCACUCUGCUAAUGGCUAUUGCCCAAGAUGGAAACUUGAACAUUCUCCCAGUGGCUUUCGGGUUAGUCGAAGGUGAAAACACAGAUUCGUGGAAGUUUUUCCUCACUAAUCUCCGCCAGCAUGUCACCCAUCAACCCGGCAUUUUAGUCAUAUCUGAUCGGCACAAUGCCAUUAAGGCUGCAUUGCUUGCAGAGGACGGUGGAUGGCUCCCACCGUCAGCAUACCGGGCAUUUUGUGUGCGACACAUCGCCUCUAACUUCGCACUGUCAUACAAGUCUAAGGAAGCCCAGAGGAUUCUCGUGAAUGCCGCAUACGCAAAGACUGAAGAGGAUCACCGGUAUUACAUGGACAUUUUGCGGAAGGAAGAUCCAAGAGUCCUUAGGCCUGUCAGAGCAUCAACUGGUGGUUAUGGGCAGCAGGGCUAUCGUCCACCCCAUGGAUCUGGUGGCCCUCCCCAGUGGGGGCAACGAGGUUCUCAUUUUGGCCACCCAACAGCAUAUGAUUAUCAGCAUCCUGGUCCAUAUCCUUCUCAUAAUCAACCUUAUCCUCCUGCACCGUAUCGAAAUUAUCCUCAACAUAUGGCCCCUAGGAGCGGCUAUGGUUCUGGUUGGGAGCAAAGGCCUCACCGUGUUAGUCCCUACACUUUCAGUGAAAUUGCAAAUUGGUCCCUACAGUUUAAAAGUUUGUAA